CGUACAGCUUUCAUUUUGUUCUAUAGAUUUACAAACCCCUACUGAUAAAUAAUAUAAAGUUGCAGGUUAAAGACUACCCCGUCAAAGCGCAAGUGAACGGAGGACCGACGACGAAUACAGCCGAGCGGGCAACAGACGAUAAGUUCAGACCCCGACAGGCAAAACCCCCACCUUUUCGAGAUGUAGCUCAACAGAAUAACAUACAUCGUAAAAUGUUGCUACUCACUAAUUUUUCGUGACUGCUUUACAAUUUGAGAUUCGUUACACAAAUUUUCCACAUCAUACUAAGUCGAAAAAACGUAUUAUUAUUCAGCAGUGAAACUAAAAUUUUGUUCUUUGAUGCAUCAUUUGACUAGCAUUGUGAACCGUAUGUUCACAUUUACACCAAAAAUACAAUUUUUUUCCAAACAAUAAAUACUUCUAUAACGUGAAUCACGUUUCAAUUAAAUUAUUUCAUAGAGUUACCUACGUGAAUUCUAGACAACUACUUAUCGAGAGGUUUCUACAUGAAUAAUUAUUGAUGUUCAUCUCAAAUUUCGUGCGAUUUGAGCAUGUGCAUCAUGUGCAUGCUUAGAGCACAGAUCUGCUUCGAGCUUAACGCGAUGCGCUUGGCGGCGCCGACAAUGCAAUAGCCAGCAAAUCCCCCUCUAACUUCAGAGGAGUAACGUGAACCAUGAAUUGACAGUUUGUUUCUACUACAAUUGAAAAUUUCAAACACACUUUUGUCGUUUGCAAUACGGUGAUUUCCAACAAUUAUUAUUUGUUUUCAAUUUUAAAAUGACAUCUGAUAGCAGUCUACCCGUAAUAGGCAUACGCUGUGAUUGGGAUGAGUGUCUCAGGGGUCGUGAUAAGGAGGCGUGGAUUUCCUACAAGUACAGAGCUCAACCUAGUGUUACGGGAUACUUGAAACUAAAAGAUGGGAAAAUAACAUCUACCGAAGGCUUUGUAGUUACCAGAUACACAGGAAAAUCAGUGACAAUUAAACAUGAGGCUUCUGGUACUACCACUGUGUUUGUUGCCCCUUUGGUAUCAUUUCCUUUGCACAACAGAUCUUGUACCAGGAUAUCGGUUACUUCUGGAGGAUUAGGAUUGUCAAGUGGUUCUCAGGGAGAGUUACAAAUAUGGGAAACACAGCGAGGAGUUAUUAGAAGAACAUUGGAAGGCCAUGUUGGGGAUAUAUACCAGUGCCUAUGGUUUCCAUCUGAUGUGGUAGUUUUAGGAGGUGGAGCAGAUUGGCGAACCAGAAUCUGGUGUGCACAGACGGGUAAAUGUCCUGUUACACUUACCGGACAUACCGCUCCUGUUACAGACAUGGUUAUUGUUGAGAGAGGUAGAAACGUCAUCACAACCUCCAAGGAUGGUUCAGCGAGGCUCUGGGAUGUUGGAGAAUCAAAGUGUCUCGCAAUUCUCUGUGAGUUGACGAGUAGUAUUACAUGCUGUGUAAUCACUUCAUCCAACCAGCUAGAGCUGCCCCCAUGUAACGAACUGCGUUCAGAACGGGAGAUCGGAACGGCGGGAAAAGUUCUUGCUAUUGGAUGCGAAGAUGGCACGCUUCUUUUGAUCACAAUCGAAGCCAGGGCUGAAUUGGCUAGAAAAAUUCUUCCUGCUGCUGUUACAGCAUUUUCACUGUUGGGGAACGAUACUCUGGCAGUUGGAUUGGAGAAUGGACAGAUUCAUCAAAUCAGUAUAACAAAGCAUUUGAAAACUCUGAGGAUAAUUCAUGAAAGUAACAGCCCGGUUAGGGCAUUGCUUGGACUUGAUAGGCUGCUCUUAGCUGGUCUGACUGAUGGAGUAUGCAUUGGCUACCCAGUACCAUUGUCCAGUAAAGAAUCCAUCCCUCCAGUCCGUUUACAGUUAACAGGUUCCGAUUUUGAACCAAUCAACGAUCUUGCCUCAGAUGGGCGAGGGCAUGUAUAUGUUGGGGCAAGAGACGGAUGCGUACGAAAAUAUCAAAUGGGAGAAAUCCUCAACGAAAUUUAUUCUUAAGCUUACUUGUAUUUUUUGAAAUAAAAAUUAAGAUUUUAAUUUA